AUGCGGUCGUUCAAAGUGCUGACGCCGCUGGUGGCUGCUGUUUUCACCACCUCGUUUUGCUUAACCUCUGCGCUUCCGUCGUCGAUUGUCGACCACCAGCUCGAGACGAGCGCCGUCCAAAGGCGUGAUGACAACAACGACUCUUACAUCUCUCCUUCCUUUGAUGUGACCCAAUGCCCUGGCUACCGGCUUGUCGGCGGACCGGUACAGUCGCAGUAUGGCUUUACCGCUAAGCUUAGCCUGGCAGGCCAAGCGUGCAAUGCUUACGGAGUCGACAUUGCCGAUUUGACUUUGUCAGUCGUGUACGAGAAGAAGCAUCAGCUCCACGUGCACAUCUACGACACGGCGAAACACCAGUAUCAGCUACCCAACGGUCUCAUUUACGACCGGCCGUCGGACGACCCGGCUGAGAUUCAGGAUGGCGUUACCGCUGAGAACAGCGACCUUGUUUUCCACCACACGGCAGAGAACGAUAGGCAAUCGGAUGGCAGCUGGGCCUUUUGGAUCACUCGCAAGUCGAAUGACGAGGUCAUCUUUGACACGCGCCCCACCAACAUCCCUACCUACGAGCAGGGGAUGAGUAACGUCGCCAGCGACACGAAGCGAAACUCGACGGCUAUGCCCAAGCACGAGCUGAUCUUCGAGAACCAGUAUUUGCAGCUCUCGUCAGCUCUGCCUGAGGAUGCGAAUGUGUAUGGGUUGGGAGAGUACGUGUCGAGAAGCUUUCGACGCGAUCCGGAUGAGACGCUGCAGCCGUUUUUCACGCUGGAUGCGGGCACGCCGGUUGACUCAAACAUGUACGGAUACCAUCCAGUGUACACCGAGGCGCGACGCGGUGCUGACGGAAAGCUCAGAACGCAUACAGUGUCGUUUACGAGCACGAGCGGAAUGGACGUGCUGCUUCGACGCGGGCUCAUCCAAUACCGUGCUAUAGGAGGCACGAUGGAUCUGCGAUUUUUUUCGGGUUCUUCCAACGGACGCAACAGCCCGAACUCUGCUAUUCAGCAGUACGUCAACUUUAUCGGCAACCCGGUGCUGCAUCCUUACUGGGCGUACGGGUUCCAUCUGUGUCGAUGGGGCUACACGAACGUCUCUGACACCCAGGCGAUUAUCGAUGCUAUGCGCGAGCACAAUAUCCCUCUCGAGGUGCAGUGGAACGACAUUGACUACCUGCAAGAGUUUCGCGAUUUCACGACCGAUCCCCAGCGCUUUGCGCAAUCCGAAUUCGCCGAAAUGAUCCGCAAGCUUCGCGACAACCACCAGCACUACGUGCCGAUCAUUGACAUGGCGAUUCCCAAAGCGCCGACCAACGCCAGCGACACGUACUACCCAGGAACGCGUGGUGACGAGCUCGACGUCUUCCUCAAGAACCGAAAUCACACCGAGUACAUUGGAGAAGUGUGGCCCGGCUACACGAGCUUUGUCGAUCAACAGGCCGAGAAUGCGGCGCAGUGGUGGACCGAGGCCAUCCGAAACUUUAGCGAGAUCGUCGACUUCUCAGGCAUCUGGUUGGACAUGAACGAGCCUUCGAGCUUUGUAAUCGGUAAUGCGGCAGGUGUCGAGACGAAUCUGUCGGAUACACCGGCGUAUACUGCGGCGACAAGUGUCGCCGGUUGGCCGCAAGGGUACGACAAUCUCACGUGGGGAAGCUCCGGUAACGUGACGGUCAACGGCAGCUAUACGUUCCAGGAGGGCGUGCAGAACAACGAUGCCGAGCAGAGGCGGCGUUCGCUUCUGGUGCGUCGCGAGCACGAUUCUGUUCUGCCAAAACGUCAAGACAGGGAUCAGGGCAAUAAGUUCGGUUCACACGAUCCGCAUUAUCGAUACGCCAACGCAUCGGUGCGAUACCUCUCGAACCCCCCGUAUGCAAUCCACAACGGAAUCCACAUCAGCGAGACGGACCUGAAUGUGAAUCUGGACAAAAAAACGGUAGCUAUGGACGCGGUAAGCGCCGACGGUUCGCGCGCCGUCUACGACGUCCACAACCUCGAUGGGACGUUGGAGGAACAGCAUUUCUACAAGGCACUGCGGACGAUUCGACCCAACGAACGGCCGUUCCUUAUCUCGCGCUCCACGUACCCUGGAGCCGGAAGAUACACCGGGCAUUGGUUAGGUGACAACUAUGCGCUAUGGACCAUCUUACCAGGUCAGCAGGCGUACAAGGCGGGCGCGGGCAUGGCGCAGUCGAUUGACGGCGUGUUGCAGUUCCAGAUGUUUGGAAUCCAUUUUAUCGGCGCUGAUAUUUGCGGUUUCAAUAGGAACACGGACGAAGAGCUUUGCAAUCGAUGGAUGAUGCUUGGCGCGUUUUUGCCGUUCAUGCGCAAUCACAAUACGAUCGGGGCGAUCGCGCAGGAACCGUUCCGAUGGGACAGUGUCGCGAAUGCUUCGCGGAUUGCUAUCAGCAAGAGGUACGAGUUGCUGCCCAGCUUGUACUCGCACAUGGCGAGGUCGAGCGCUAGUGGCGAGCCGGCAAUUCGCGCCAUAUGGUACGAGUUCGAUGAGGUAUUUGAACAGACCAACCACUACGCGCACCAGUUCUUGUUCGGAGACAACCUCUUGGUGAGUCCGGUAUUGGAGCCGAAUGUGACACAUGUCAAUGCGCUCUUUCCACGCGCCGGCGGAAGCUGGCGAAACGUGUUUGAUUGGACGGCGUUGGAUGUAGAGCCCAACAAACACGUCGCUGUCAACGCACCGUUAUGUACGAUCAAUGUGCAUCUUCGACCGGGUCGCGCUCUGCUGACUCACUCAAUGCCCGCAUACACGGUGCACGAAACCGCACAGUCCGCCUACGCGCUCAUCGUCAACCUCAACAACCAAGCCUCGGCAAGCCAGUCGUUCUACCUCGACGACACUACGACACCCGCCCCCAGCCCCAACUCCACCCUCACCGUCCACGCUUGCAACAACACUAUCCACAUCAACCUACAAGGCUCCUACCUCCCCAUCCAGCCGCUUUCCUACAUCGUCGUCCUCAACGUCAAUCAUCAACCCCACCGCGUCACCGCCAACUCCUCCUCCACCUCUUUCCUCUGGGAUCCCAAGAGGUCCUUGCUCAACAUCACUAACCUAGCCAUCCCCCUCACCCAAUCCGUCAUCCACUGGUCCUGA